UGAAAUAUCGCUCAUCACUAGUAUAUACUGAUAAUUACAAAUUUGUUUUGUUGUGAUAUACUUUAAUGUUGUGUAAUAUAUUAUUGAUAUAAAAUAAUUUAGCCCGUGAAGGUGUGGUUAUGGACAGUUCUGAAAACGGUAGUAGAAAGCCUCGACGCACUCGUGGGACACCUGCAUAUCAGUUCCGAAAUAAAUUUGCAUUUGGUUGGAUUGGUUUAGGAGCGGUGUUUUUAGCAGCUUGGGUGUAUACUCCAACAUUUAAAAAGAUUAAUAAAGGCCUUUGCGACACGUUAUUUACCCCAACAGAAGAAGAGAUCGAUCGUCGUUAUUUAUUCAGUUUUCCUAAGCCUCUAACCAGCAGAGAAAUACAAAAACGUAUUGAUGAAGGAAAAGAGUUUUUUUCUCAAAGAUAAAACUUUCUAAUGGAUCGGGAAACUCGGAAAGCUAAUUUAAGGAAACUCCGGUUGUCCGGAAUUAAACAUGAUGAAUCCAGUACAAGCGGUAGUUUACGGUAAAACAUUAUUAUAAAAUUUGAAAUGUAAA